AUGUCUCAUUUGAAAGAUAAGUUAAACAAAACAUUGGAAAAAUGCAAAGACAAUAUCAAAAGUGCUAUGAAUGGAAGGUGCAGUUACGACGUCACAAACAGAAAACAAUCUGGUCAGAGUGGAAGCCAUUCAAGAUUUUGGAAGAGAGAAUGCGUAUAUACUGAGAUGGAAAGAUGCGGCCUAAUAAGUCGCAGGCAUUUUCAAGAUUCAACAGAGAGGACGCGACAUUCUCCAAAUAAAGGACAUCCGAGCAAUUGUAGAAAAUCAAAUAAGGAUAAAUACUUGAGUUCGAAUACGCCACAGCAUAAAAACUAUUCAUCAAGAAAUGUCGAUUCUCAUAAAAAAAACAAUGAAAAGACCAAGAGUAUCACAGAUGUCAAUUCACGUUGUUCAAGAAGAGCCUCAGUGAACUUUGUACCGACAAUUCUGUCAAAUUCUGUUAGGUCCUGUUGUGCACGACGGAACAUGAUAAUGAACAUGGAACUGUCACCUAAUGACUCCCCUAAAAGAUCAAAAAAUCUUGAGAUUUUGAAAAGUGAUGAGAUAUCAAAUGAGAUUUGA